AAUAAAAAUGUCAAAUUAAUCCGUUCAUUCCAGUGCCAGAGUCACAGCGUGGGGCACACGGUGGCAGGUGUGGUGGUUUUUCACUGAAAGACAGUAGAUUUUGUUUCAAUUUUGGCAGCGUCGACCUGGGAGAGGAAGCCUGGGCACAGCUGAGAUGUGUGGAGGGGGGGCCUGGGUGGGGAGCCAGCGGCACCAGGGCGCGCGGCCCAUUCUGUGCUGUGACCGUUCCUGCGACCCGAACCGACUCUAAGGAACGCCUGUGUUCACAGUAAUAUGUUUUAUUGUCCAGUGUUCUCCAGGAGCCUGACCAUCCAGAUCCGCACCGACUUGUGUAUUUUCAUAGUGUCCUGAUCUGCUCCGUGGCCAAGGAUGUGUGGUGGGCUGUCUGCCCUGGGCCUGGAGCUCCAGCCCCAACAGGACCCUGGUGGUCCUGACGCCCGGCGGCCUGUGCCCGCUGUGCCCUGUGCGUCUGUGCCCCACGCCCUGCUCUGCGGCCUGGUGGACACACUCCCACUGGCCAUCUUCCUGCGAGUGUCCUCCCUGCCCAAAACGAUCCUGCUCCUCGUGCUCACCGCGUCUUACAUCCUGGUCCUGGAGCUCAGCGGCUACACCCGGGCCUCGGGGGGCAACGCGGUGUCCGGGCUCAGCUUCGAGCCCAUCAUGGCCAUCCUGCUGUUCUCGUGCACGCUGGCCUUGCACGCCCGGCAGGUGAACAUCAAGCUGCGGCUGGACUACCUCUGGACGGCACAGGCAAGAGAUCUGAUCAGUCACACGGAGUGCUUGCCGAGUGUUGAAUCGGCCUUGCGUUCCGGGGAUAAAUGCCACCUGGUCACGAUCUGAUCAGUCACGUGGCGUGCUUUCUGAGUGUUGAACCAGCCUUGCAUCCCCGAGAUAAAUCCCACGUGGUCAUGAUCUGAUCAGUCACACGGGGUGUUUGCCGAGUGUUGAUCCAGCCUAGCGUCCCGGGGAUAAAUGCCACCUGGUCACGGUGAUGCUGGCCUCAUAGAACGAGUUUGGAAGUAUUCCAUCUCCAGAAGCUUCAGGUGGCCUCACUGUAGUCUCCGUGGCGGGCUCUUGUUUUGGUUCAGGAUGUAGCUCAGUGGCCAGAGUCGUUCGCUCCACUGAGGCAGGCGGCUGCUCCGGCAUGUGCGGGAACCCGAUAGCAUGCACCUGGGCGUGCUCUUCCUCCAGGGUGGCCACGGGUACAGGUAGCUCUUGCAUGUCGGAACAGUGAGUCAGAGGUGUUACCACCACGUGCAUUGGUUUGGUCUCAGCAGCUGGCUUCUCGGCUCGAGCCGUGACCAGCUCGAUCACCUCUGGCUCUGAAGCUUUAGCAGGCCCCGAGGUAGGAGCUGGGGCCGGUUUUUGAGGUGGUUCAGGAUAUUGCACAGGGGCAGACACUAGUUGCUGCACUCACUGAGCUGGGUGGCUGCUCCGGCAUGUGGCGGACCCUGAUAGCAUGCGCCGGGACAUGAUGUACCACAAGGGUGGCCAAGAUUGCAGGUGGGUCCUCCUUGUCAGGAGACUGAAUCAGAGGCGUGACCACCUCGUGCAUUGGCUUGGUCUCAGCAGCUGGCAUCUGCGCUCUGGCCAAGCACUCAGCACCGACAGCCCUGCCCAGCUCGAUCACCUCAGGUCCAGAAGCUUCAUCAGGCCCCACCUUCGGAGCUGGGGUGGGCUGCUGCGUGGUUCAUGAUGUUGCUCAGGGGCCGAAGCUGGAGCUGCACUGAGGCAGGUGACUCCUUUGGCAUGACAUGCCGGGGACAUUGAUAGUGGGUGCCCGGGGGAGCUCUUCUUGCAGGGUGGCCAAGUGUGCAGGUGGCUCCUCCAGGUCGGGACAGUGAAUCAGACGUGUGACUGCCAUGUAAAUUGGCUUGGCCUCCGCAGCUGGCAUCUCGGCUCGGGCCAAGCACUCAGCACCAACUGCCAUGCCCGGCUCGAACUGCUCAGGCCCAUAAGCUUCAGCUCGCCCCAGUGUAGUAGCUCGGGCGGGCUCUUGAUUUCAUUUAGGAUGUUGCUCAGUGCCUGAGGUCGGUUGCUCCACUGAGGCAGGUGGCUGCUCCGUCAUGUGGGGGAUCCCGAUAGCAUGCCCCUUGGCGUGCUCUUCUUCCAGGGUGGCCGUGGGUACAGGUACUUUUUCACAUUUGAAAUACCUUAUUGCUUAUUUGCUUAUGUUAAAAAAAAUAACUGUGUCCAAAACUUAAAGAUUCUUAUUUACUGAUGCAUUUAAAUCUUUCUCAUAAUGAUCUACAGCAUUUAAUGUAGUAGGGAAAUUGUUCAUAUCGGUGCCUCCGGCAGCUUUUCCUUCUGUACUUGCGGUGUUCCUGUUUCUAUCAUUCGGGUAUCUUUUGAAAAACAAUGACAUUCUUUAGAACCCUGAAGAUUUUUCCUGGUGUUUUGUUUUGUUUGUUUUUUUUUUUUAGUGUCAUACAUUUCCAUUUAUUGGACCUACUGAAUACAUCAGUUAAAUGUUUGCUUAUUUUACAUUAAGCGCCCGUUUUCUUUUUCUUGAAUUUUUAAUUUUUUAUUGGAGUUCAGUUUGUCCACAUAUAGCGCAACACCCAGUGCUCAUCCCGCCAAGAG